CCAUCAGUUUUAUCAGUCGCUGCUGUAUGCGAUCUUUUUUCCUCCAACAAAAAUAAUAUAUAAAAAUAAAAUAAAAAUAUUAAAAUAUUUUUGUCUGUAAUUCUCAUUGAAAUUUUACAUAAAUACAAACAUAUAUAUGUAUAUUUAAGUUAUACUUAACUUGAAGAAUUCGAAUCGAGUGCGCGCGAGAUGUUUAAUCGCUGAAGACGGCAGAAGGAGGACGACAAAUUUAAAAUAAAAUGUGGACAAAUUGAAAAACAAACAAAAUAAUAAAUAAUAAUAGAAAAACGAAACGACGGUAGAUAGAAUAACAUCGGAAACUUGUAUAAACAAAAAUAGAAAUAACCGGUAGCAAAAUAAACAGCGGAGCAGACACAGAUUAUUGAAGGUGCUAAAUCGUAGGUAAGAUGUACGGAUUAAUUUUGGAGAAUUUGUCGGAGUACAUCAAGCAGACUUACGGAGAAGAAAAAUGGGAGGAGAUCAGGAGGUCCGCGUCCGUGGAUCAGCCCAGCUUCAGCACGCAUCAAGUUUACCCCGAAAACUUGAUCCCGAAGUUGGCUAAAAAUGCUAUAAAGAUUUUGAAUGUGAGUGAAAGGGAGUUCUUCGAUCAGAUGGGCGUCUUCUUCAUCGGGUUCGUGAGUCAAUAUGGGUACGAUCGCGUGCUGUCCGUAUUGGGUAGACACAUGAGGGAUUUCCUGAACGGAUUGGACAAUCUGCAUGAGUAUUUGAAGUUCUCGUAUCCGAGGAUGAGGGCUCCCAGCUUCAUCUGCGAGAACGAGACGAGACAAGGCUUAACACUUCACUAUCGCAGCAAGAGACGCGGCUUCGUCUACUACACGAUGGGACAGAUACGCGAGGUGGCGCGACACUUCUACCACAAGGAGAUGAAGAUCGAUCUUGUCAAGGAAGAGGUCCUCUUCGAUAUGAUCCACGUCACCUUCCAACUCACCUUCGACAACAGGGCCUUCACCAUGGCUUCCCUGGCGAUGACACGAGAAGAGAAACAUCUGCCGAUCAGCGCGUCUGCCCUCUUCGAGAUCUUCCCAUUCUGCGUUGUAUUUGGAUCAGAUAUGAUCGUGAGAAGCAUCGGGAAUUCCCUGAUGGUGAUUCUUCCGGACGUGGUGGGAAAGAAGAUCACUAAUUGGUUCGAUCUGGUCAGACCGUUGAUCGAGUUCAAAUUCCAGACGAUUCUUAAUAGGACAAACAACAUCUUCGAGAUGGUCUCAGUGGAGCCGGUGUUAAACGAAAAGCACGGAACCGAUCGCAACGAGGUGCUGCUAAUGAAUGACGAGUCCGAUUUUCCCGAAGAGAAAAAUCUCCGUUUGAAAGGUCAGAUGAUUUACAUGGAUAACUGGAAAAUGAUGAUGUACCUGGGGACUCCAGUAAUGCCAGAUCUCAACUCCCUCAUCAACUCCGGCCUAUAUAUCAACGAUUUAUCCAUGCACGAUUUCAGCAGAGAUUUGAUGUUGGCUGGAACGCAACAAUCGGUAGAGCUGAAGCUGGCGCUUGAUCAAGAGCAGCAGAAGAGCAAGAAGUUGGAGGAAUCCAUGAGGAAAUUAGAUGAAGAGAUGCGUCGCACGGAUGAAUUAUUAUACCAGAUGAUACCGAAACAGGUUGCAGAUCGGUUGCGCACCGGGGAGAAUCCAAUCGACACGUGCGAGAUGUUCGACAAUGUUUCAAUCCUCUUCUCCGACGUCGUCACGUUCACCGAGAUCUGCAGUCGCAUUACUCCAAUGGAAGUCGUCUCGAUGCUGAACGGAAUGUACUCGAUAUUCGAUAACCUCACCGAACGCAAUAAAGUAUACAAAGUUGAGACGAUCGGCGAUGCUUACAUGGUGGUUUCCGGGGCACCGGAGAAGCAGGGGAAUCACGCGGAAAGAGUUUGUGACAUGGCUCUGGACAUGAUCGAUGCGAUCACCGACCUGAAGGACCCUUCAACAGGUCAUCACCUGAAAAUCAGGGUUGGCGUUCAUUCGGGGGCGGUUGUUGCGGGUAUCGUCGGUCUGAAGAUGCCCAGGUACUGCCUUUUCGGGGACAGCGUGAACACGGCUUCGAGGAUGGAAUCGACGAGUAUAGCGAUGAAAAUCCACAUCUCCCAGUCUACCAAAGAGCUGCUGCCAGAGUCGUACAAAGUUCUCGAGAGAGGAGAAGUCGAGGUCAAAGGAAAAGGUGUGAUGAAAACGUAUUGGCUGCACGGAAGGGAAUCUCGGCCUCCCCUGAAUCGGACUUUGACCGCUGGCGAGGUGGAAGUCGAAGGUGAUGGAGGAGCGACGAGCACCGGCAGUGCGGAAGACCGCAGAACAGGAAUCUACUCGCCGAUUACUUUCCAGGACGUGGCCCGCAGAAGCAUCGCGAAUUCUCCGAUCAAGACGCCCGUCCACAAGGGCGAAAUACCCGUCGUCCAACCGCAGCAGACGCGCGGCGAAUCAGCGGGACUUCCUUCGUUCGCCGACAUGAGGUUCCUGUGCCCAAGCUUCGAUGAUCCCGGCGACAUCUUCGGCUGCGCCAUCGGCGAAGCAUUCAAACAGCAGCAGUCGGAUGAAGUCCAACCUCAGGCCCCGAGCGUCCUCGUCCAGAGAGCAAACCACGUGCAGGCGCGCAACACAAUCAUCGAGUUGGGACGCGAAGCAAAGAAUUCGAAGAGCGAAGGAAACCUCUGCUCCAAAGCGGACAAAUCGCGACAGCCGAGCAAGAGCAAGAAGAUGCCAAACAGCCAGAGCUUCAGCAGUCACCAUCAGCACCAAUGUUGUUCCGGUUUCGGAUCGCACAAGACGCGGUUUAACAGCAACGCAUGCAACAUGCAAUAAACGAAAAGUUCAAAUUUGCGCUCGAACAUAUUAAAUAAUUGUAAUGUAUGUUUUAUAAAAGAAAGAAAAUGAAAGGUGUUUGUGUAGAUUGGCACCGAUUGUUCCUGACUCAUGACACUACUAUGCAACAAGUUUUUGGCUACAAGAAUGGUCAUAAGUAAACUUCAAUUCUCUGAAUUGCAUAGAGAAAAAAAACAAUUAACAUAGUUCGCACGAUCAUCACAAAUUUACACCUACACUCGUUCUUGUAUUAAACAUUAAUUUGUUGUCUAGAUUAAUUAUUUUGCAAUAAUAUAAUUACUCU